UACAUGGCAGGUCAAGAUUGGCUACGCUUGCGUGGUCAGAAAACAUCACAAUAUAAAUACAGAAGCAAAUUGUAAUUUCAUUAAAAAAAAAUCGAGAUUUCACAAAUUUAGUUUACACAUUUAUCGCCUCUUAGUCGCGGAUUUCCCAACUCAAUUCAGAAAAUGGCAUUAGGUGGAACCGCUCCCCCAAGAGGCAGUGCAGCAGCUACUGCAAGUUUGCGAAGGAGAAAAACAACAAAUGGCGGGACCUCAGGCGGAGCAGCCGGUACUAUGCUCCAGUUUUACACAGAUGAUGCUCCAGGACUCAAAAUCUCUCCAAAUGUUGUGCUGAUCAUGAGCAUCGGGUUUAUUGCAUUUGUUGCAGUUCUGCAUGUUGUAGGAAAACUCUACCUUGUUCGUAGAGAAUAGCGAUAUCAUUAGUGAAUGUUGAGUUUUGGAUUUUGAGUCAGGUUUUACAUGAAUGGUGGUUAUAAUUACAUGAUCUUUUGACA